AUGCAAAAACAUUUGCUGUGGCGGGCAAACGGAGAAGCCGUCCAAGCACGCUGUGAUGUGCCCGGUGGGAAUGUCGCCAUAUCCGCUGAACGGCAAGCCAAAGUCGUGCCAAACCGGGACAUGCCCAUAUGGUCCGAUAUUUUUUUCAGCUCGGCCAAGCACGAAUACUUUUGCUGCUCGAAGAACGUGAAGGCGAAGCGAACGUUUAUGCGAAGAAAACACGAUGGCUGUGAACGCGGGCGGGCCCUGCUUUUCCCGAACACACAGGAGCCGGUCUCCUGCGAGCCGGCCAAGAAGGGCCGCCCGGUGGGAUACGCUUGUCUGCCGAACAUCUCGAACCAGAUGUACCAGUGCUGCUCGAUUGCGAUGAGCAAGGACAACGAGAUGAUGUUCGAGGAGGUGGAAAUCGAAUGUCCCUCGUACAUGACGCGGGUGGAGCGCGAGGUGAACGGCGUGAUCAAGACGUUCUGCGAAAAGCCACCUGCCCAA